AUGGCCCGGGUGGUCAUUCCCAUGACGCAGUACUGGAUAACUACUCCGUCAGAAGAACAGUUGGUAGAGAUUGAACAGCGCACAAACCCCAUACACGACAAAGCAGGCCUGAUGGUCCUCCGUAGCGCCAGCUCAAGGCUUCAUUUCCUAGCUGUCGCAUUCGAGUCGCCACGUUGUACCGUCGUCGAAGCUUGGAUUUAG